AUGGACUUACACAAAGUCUUGGAGUUUCCCAGCCAGUCCCACUGUUUCCCAUCCCCCCCCUCCCCCCCCGACCCCCCCUGCACCGGGCAACGACUUUCGGCGGAGGCUGCGGGUCCCGGGGGCGCCUUGCAGCGGGCACCGACACCUCGGGGCUGCCCCCCCGCUGCCGGCAUCUGCCCCGGGACGAGGAGGAAGAGCCCAAGGGGGGAAGGGGUGGGGGGGAAAUUCCCGGCCCGCAGCAUCCCGGCACGGCCCCGACCGGGCUCUGCUCGGCCCCGGGCUGCGGCGGGGAGGAGCCAGCACCGGCACCGGCACCGCGCCGGGUCCUGCGGCAGCACCGCUCCGGCACCGCUCCGCUUCCAGCACCGGCACCGCUCCGGCUCUGGCACCGGCACCGCUCCAGUUCCGGCACCGGCAUCGGUACCGAGCCCGCUCCACUUCCAACACCGCCAGCGGGCACCACUCCGGUUCCAACACCGGCACCGCUGCGGCUCCGGCACCGACCCCGCUCCAGAUCCCAGCACUGACCCCGCUCCGGUUCCAGCACCGCCACCGGCACCGCUCCGGCCCCGGUACCGCUCCGGCCCCGGUACCGCUCCGGAUCCCAGCACCGCUCCGGAUCCCAGCACCGCUCCCGUUCCCACCACCGGCCCCGUCUCCGGUCCCAGCCCCGGCCCCGUCUCCGGUCCCAGCCCCGGCCCCGCUCCCAGCCCGGCCCCGCAGCGCCGCCCCCGCUCGGCCCCGGCCCCGGCGAGGCGGCGGAGGAAGGAGGAAGGAGGCAGCGCUGCCGCGGCCCGGGCUCUGCCACCCCUCAGGGCACGAGGUAAAAUGAACAAGAUGAAAAACUUCAAGCGGAGGUUCUCGCUCUCGGUUCCUCGGACGGAGACCAUCGAGGAGUCGCUGACGGAGUUCACAGAGCAGUUCAACCAGCUCAACAACCAGAGGAAUGAAGACCUGGCUCAAGGGCACCUGCAGCUGGAGCACCUGGGCAGGGACUUCCGAGCCGACACGGCCCCCAUCUCCCCCUCCGAGGUGGAAGGCCAGUCCCCGAUGGCCGUGCGCUACCGCAACAACAACCAGCGCCGCUUCUCCAUGGAGGAUGUCAGCAAGCGCCUUUCCCUGCCCAUGGACAUCCGCCUGCCCCCCGAGUUCUUGCAGAAGCUGCAGAUGGAGAGCCCGGAGUUCCCCAAGCCCCUCAGCAGGAUGUCCCGGCGGGCUUCCCUCUCGGAUAUCGGGUUCGGGAAGCUGGAGACCUAUGUUAAACUGGACAAACUGGGAGAGGGCACUUACGCCACCGUCUUCAAGGGGCGCAGCAAGCUGACGGAAAACCUCGUUGCGCUGAAGGAGAUCCGCCUGGAGCACGAGGAAGGGGCACCUUGCACGGCCAUCCGGGAAGUGUCACUGCUUAAGAACCUCAAGCACGCCAACAUCGUCACCCUGCACGACAUCAUCCACACGGAGCGCUCCCUCACCCUCGUCUUCGAGUACCUGGACAAUGACCUCAAACAGUACCUUGAUAACUGCGGGAACCUGAUGAACGUGCACAAUGUGAAGAUCUUCAUGUUCCAGCUGCUGCGGGGCCUGGCCUACUGCCACGGGAGGAAGAUCCUGCACCGAGACCUCAAGCCCCAGAACCUGCUCAUCAACGAGAGGGGAGAGCUCAAGCUGGCUGACUUCGGUCUGGCCAGAGCCAAGUCGGUCCCCACCAAAACCUACUCCAAUGAGGUGGUCACGCUGUGGUACCGGCCCCCUGACGUCCUGCUGGGCUCCACAGAGUACUCCACGCCCAUCGACAUGUGGGGUGUUGGCUGCAUCCACUACGAGAUGGUCACCGGCCGGCCCAUGUUCCCCGGCUCCACGGUGAAGGAAGAGCUGCACUUGAUCUUCAGGCUGCUGGGAACCCCAACGGAAGACACGUGGCCGGGAAUAACAUCCAACGAGGAGUUUAAGGCUUACAACUUCACGCAGUACCGAGCUCAGCCGCUAAUAAAUCACGCCCCAAGGCUGGAAUCAGAAGGCAUUGACUUGCUGAUGAACCUCCUUCUGUACGAAGCCAAGAGCCGGAUUUCGGCGGAGGCAGCCCUGCGGCACCCUUACUUCAAGAGCCUGGGCGAGCGGGUGCACCUCCUGCCCGACAAUGUCUCCAUCUUCUCCCUGAAGGAGAUCCAGCUUCAGAAGGACCCUGGCUACCGAGGCUCAGCCUUUCAGCAGUCAGCCCGAGGGAAGAACAGGCGGCAGAGCAUAUUUUAAACCCGGACCUCGUGUUCCCCUUGUCACCAUGGAGAUCAGAGCACUGAGAAAGGAGACGGCAACACGCUCCCACCCGUCCCACCGCAGCACUGCCGACCCCAGCAGGACGAUGCUGAUGAAGCGCCCUUGGCCGCAGGCUCUCCCCACCUGUCCCCACAGCCCCCAGCAGCUGCUGUUGGUGGACCUGUGGCCUUUUCCCCCACUUGUUCUCACGUUGCCCCUGCCAGACGCGAGCUGCCACCCUCCCCGCUGGUGCUGCAGUGAGCAGCUGCCCUGGCAUUGCCCAGGAUCGUGCCCUGCCCUGGGGGAGCCGCUCGCUGCCCGCGGGGCUGAGCUGGGCACGGGGAGGUUUGGUGAGCAGAGGGUGGUAUCCGUGAAGCUGCAUCACGUUUGGCCCAGGCAGGCAUUUGUGAAGAUGUACCUUUGCUCAGACAACCUGCUCUGCAACCCCGGGUGCCAGAGAGACUGCAGCUGAAGCAUGAGCCUGGGGCAGCCCCCUCCUCCUGUGCCCUUGCCUCUGCCUGCGCAACCCCUUCCUCUGCCCAUCUUCGGUACCUGGAUCCUGACAGGGGGGGAGCAGCUGGAGCAGAGGGCUUCGCGUUUUCUCCUCCAGCAUCCCCCUGUCCUUGCCACCACCACGUUCCCCACUUUGGCCCUGAGGACAGGACACCAUUCCCAGCGCCGUCUCAGGAGCGCGUCUGCCCCCGUGCCAGCGCUGAGCCCCGCGGCGGAGCCGAGCCGUGCAGCCUCGCCGCACCCAAGUGUUGCGCACACCCACCGCAGUGCUUUUCUACCCGGAGGAAGGGGGAGAGGUGCCAAACCUCCCACAGCUCAGCUGUGGGGACCAGAAAUAGACCCGGGGAGAAGCAAAUCAUCCCUCGAACCUUCAUGCCUGGCCUCGCCAUGUGUAGCCAGCACCACGUUGCAGCAGCCCUGGCUCAGGUGGCCGCUGCGGGACUGGGUGCGGAGAUGUGAGCGCACUUGGCUGGCCGAGGGCUGCUCCUGGUGCCAAACUGAGCACAUCAGGAGCCUGCCAAACCCAGCUCGAGCGAGGAAGCCCUGCUGCACCUCUUCCCUGCAGCCUGCCACCAGCCUGAAAUGUCUUCAGGUGUGCGAGCACUGCAAGAAGUCUCUUUUUAAUAGCCACGUCCCUUUCUUGGCUCUCCCGGAUGACCAGUCCUCCCACCCAUGGGUCCUCCAGCCCUUGGACACGGCUGGGACUCUGUGGUGGGUGCUGUGACUGGUGCUGGGCCCAGCGGGACGUGCCCAUGUCCUCACCUGCCACCCUGCCACGGAGGGCAGCGCUCGGGGGACACUGACUGCUGCACGCCGCAGCUUCCCCACCGAGCACUCGGAGCUCUCUUUCCUUUCCGCUCUGCCAUGUGGGAUUUCUUCUGUGAUCCUCUGCGAAUGCAAAGCGUGGGGAUAAAGGAGGAGACCCCGGGGCUUCUGGAGGCGCCUCCUCCCCGUGCCAGUGCUUGCCGCGACACCCCCUGCGCUCCCCCCAUCAGACCAAAGCUGUUAAGUCGGGUUUGUCCUAGACAAGCAUCCAGACGUCUGCAUUGUUUGAGGUUUGCCCAUCCCUGCUCGGUUCCCUUCUCGGUAUGUCCAGCAUACAGCAGGCUGAAUAGUUCAUUAAUUGGUUCCAUUUGAUAGGGAAGAGCAUGAAUAGCCAUCAGCCACCAGUGACGCAUUUCGCCCUGAUGUGAGGGCAGGGCUUUGCCUGGUUUCCUACACCCUGCUCGGGCUGCAAGGGGCUUGUCGGUAGGGAGGCUCGCAGAGGGAAAUGUAGGCUGGAGUAAGUCUCAACUCUCACGCUGUCACCUUUUCUUUCACAAAGGCAUUUAGAAGGAAGUUUCCUUGGCAUGGCAGGGAUCUGUGGUGCAGAAUUGCCAGCUCCUGCCCCGAAACUGGCUGCUCAGCUGGCGGCCAGCUCACGGACACCACGUUCCCAGUGCCCCUGCCUGCGGGUACCUGCG